AUGCAGACAAUUGCAUCUUACAGACGAUCGUGGGCAACACUUGUUCAACCUUCAUUCACAAACUCACUCUUUAGACGACGACAUUACCAUCAACGUGUACCUAAUUACGAUGGAUGGUGGACACACAUUAUGAAUCAACCUGGGGCUCAGGAAAGGCUUGCUCCUAUAGCUGAACAACAGGUCUCUAGGAUAUCACCACCAGAAUCAGUAGCAGCAGUAACUGGCCAACAAGAAGCUAUUACAUCUUUUUCUGCUGCUGCUGCUGGUGGUGAUGCUACACAGUCAACUGUUUCUGCAACACAGGAACGCAAACCACCCAAAGAGGUGGUUUUACUGAAAGGAGAACCGAUACCAUUACCAGAUAAACCUGAAGCUCCAGAAAAUUGCUGUAUGAGUGGUUGCGCCCAUUGUGUGUGGGAUAUGUAUCAGGAAGAUAUGGAGGACUUUCAAGCCAAGAGAGAAGCAAUCCGACAAAGGUUUGAAGAGGCAGGAGAACCACUUCCGGCUAUGUUGGGUCGAUCGAACAAAUCAGCUGCAAGAGAAGUGGAGGAAGCCAUGGACCCCACUAUGCGCGCAUUUCUAGAAAUGGAACGCAAGAUGAAUAAAAAUAAAAAGUCUUAG